CGAAGCAGACUCGUAGCUCGACCCCCUCAAGUGAUCCUUCUCCUUCCCAGAAUAUUCACCAUGUCGAUGGCCUCUCGUCUCCGCUACUUCAUCAACAGCCCCACGGGACCCAAGACCACGCACUUCUGGGGCCCCGUCGCCAACUGGGGUUUCGUGCUCGCCGCCAUGGCGGACAUGCAGAAACCCGCUGAUGUGAUUUCAAUCAACAUGACGUCGGCCCUGUCGAUCUACAGUCUGAUCUUUAUGCGGUUCGCGUGGAUGGUGAAGCCCCGUAACUAUCUGUUGCUGGCAUGUCACGCUUCGAAUGAAACGGCGCAGCUCUACCAGCUCCAGCGUGGUGUGCGCUACCAGGCUAGCAAGAAGGCCGCCGAGAAGCAGGAGUAAUGUCAACUGCUUUCUUUUUUCAAUGCAGAUCGUCCAGAGGUGUCGACAUCAGAUUUCGCUAUCGGGCGCUCCAGGUUUUAAGUUUUUUUUGCAAGAUUUGUUACUCUGCCUUCGUGUUUGUCGCAAGUGUUUCUCCUAGACUCUAUGCAACCUGGCAAUAGCGGCAAUUUGCAAAAAGCCUACAAGAUCUUUUCUUUUAUCUGUUGUAGCACGUAUGGACAUUGGUCUCACAUGCGGAAGACGCCAAACUUCGUUUCUUGAGGCUUCUCGUUGAGCGCAGCGCUGAGACUCAGUCCAAGUACCUUUCGAGUAUCCUUGGGAUCGAUUAUGCCGUCAUCCCAGAGGCGAGCCGUCGAGUAGUAAGCCGAGCUCUCCUUCUCGUACUUGUCCAGAAUCGGCUGUUUGAAAGCAGCUUCUUCUUCGGUAGUCCAGGUCUCUUGGCGACGCUCGUAGUUGUCACGCUGCACUUGAGCCAGCACACCAGCAGCCUGUUCACCACCCAUGACGGAGAUACGAGCAUUCGGCCACAUGUACAGGAAGCGAGGAGAGAAUGCACGGCCACACAUGCCGUAAUUGCCAGCACCGUAGGAGCCGCCAAUGAUGCACGUAAUCUUCGGUACUUUUGCGUUAGAGACGGCCAUGACCAUCUUGGCGCCGUCUUUUGCAAUACCGCCGUGUUCGGCCUUCUUGCCGACCAUAAAGCCCGUGAUAUUCUGCAGGAAUAGCAGAGGAAUGCCACGUUGACUGCAUAACUCGAUGAAAUGCGCAGCCUUCACAGACGACUCGGAGAAGAGAAUACCGUUGUUAGCCACAAUGCCCACAGGGUUCCCAUACAGGCGCGCAAACCCCGUCACUAUAGUAGGACCGUAUUCCUUUUUAAACUCGUCGAAGCGACUGCCGUCCACGAUGCGAGCGAUCACUUUCCUAACGUCGAAAGGCUUGCGAGAGUCCACCGGAAUGACGCCGCCCAGUUCAUCGGGAGAGUAAACGGGCUCCUCAAUUGGCGUUUGGGUGACAGCAGGCUCCUUGCGGUAGUUCAGGUUGCUGACGAUACGCCGUGUGAUAUCCAGCGCAUGAGCGUCGUUAUUCGCGUAGUGGUCCGUCACGCCGGACGUGCGGCAGUGCACAUCGGCACCGCCCAGUUCUUCAGGUGUGAUGACUUCA